AUGCAUGAAAUGAGCUGUACCCCAUGUACUAAUUUCGCCUGCCUACGUGGCACUCUUUUUUCUUUGGGUUGGCAGAUUUGUUCAACAUGGCGCGCCGUCUCCCGCUCAGACCUCCUCUGGCAUCGACUCACGCGCCUUGUUUGGGGUAGGACCCGCCUACUCCAGGACACGUGGCGCGACGAGUACAUCUACUGGCAUCGGACGGCUAGGAACUUCCAGACCCGUAGAUCGGUCCACACAACACUCUACUUCGACCCCUCCGACGUGGAAGAUUCCAACGGCUUCACCUGCCGCUGCCUCACGCUCUCCGACGCCCACCUCGCCUGCGGCUUCGCCGACGGCGCUGUCCGCGUCUUCGACCUCCACACCCGCCUCCACGUCAACACUUUCCGGCCCCACCUCCGCGACCGCCUCGGCCCAUUCUCCCGCGCCGUUACCGGCAUCGUCAUAACCGACUGCAAACUCAUCUUCGCCACGCUGGACGGAGACAUCCACGUGGCGAUCAUCGGGAUCCCCCAUAUCACGCGCCGGGUCCACCUGGGCGAGGUGGUCAACGACGGAGCCCUGGUAGACUUCACGGGCUGCGAGAGGUGGUGGGUCGGGCUCUACGCGGGCGUACCGGGUCGGGCCUUCCACAUAUGGGACGGCGUGACGGAGCAGUUGACUUUCGUGGGCGGUGCAUUGACCGAUCCGGAGGCAGUGAUGGGGUGGCACAUGCUGACCGAGAUGACCGGGUUCGUGGGCCGAGUCCGAGUCACGAGUCGCGGAUCGGCCGUGGCGUGCACGAGCUCGAGCGUGAUGAUCUUCGACCUGACGAACCAGGGGCUCGUGUUGGGUGAGGAAGAGUACCGGAACGGGAGGGAGAUAAUUGUGACCUCGGUUGACGUCAGCAGCGCGGCGUACGUUAUCGCGGAGAGGAGGAGGGGGUUGGCUAGGUUGGCUAGGUUGGCUAGGGUGCGUCUGGUGGACACGAUGGAGGAGGGGUGCAGGUUUAACGUGAGGGGGGCGGCGGAGAUGGGGGCGAUGGGGUGCAUGAACGACGGGUACGCGCUAAUGUGCACAGAUGGCGUGGUGAGUGUGUGGGAGGUGGAGAGGGGCGCAUAUCUGUACAGGUUCAGGGAGAGGAUCGGAGACGUCAAUGCGAUGGUGUGCGACGAACGACAUGUCGCAGCGUGCUCGAGUGAUACGACACUGCACCUAUGGGACUUUGGGGCUGCAGAUUAA